CACAUACAUCGCCAAGUUACGAUAAAACCCUACUAAAACCCUCCAUCUGUUAAGUUCCAUCGUUGGAAAUCAGCCGUUACACUUUCCCUAACUCAGUACUCGGGAACCAUUGGUCAGUAUAAAGCAAAAACUUCCAAUUUCAAUCAUCUAUUCAUAGAAGAUCAAAUGGAGCUAGUAAUCGCAUCAUCAUCGAUUGACGACGCAGGCAUAGGCUGUUGGGAUUUGCAAUCAGGUGCUGAGCAGCUCCGUUACAACUCAUGUGCCUCACCUCUACAUGGACUCGCUUGUAUCGGAGGCCGUUUCCUCGCCUCCUCGCAGCUCCGUCAGCCCUCAUCUUCUUCAGGCUCCGUCCACUACUGGUCAUGGUCCAAGCCUCAGGCAGAGGUGAAGAGCUUUCCAGCUGAGCCUAUUAAGCCGAUUGCGGCUAAUAGUGAAGGCACAUACAUCGUUGGUGGAGGUCAAUCUGGAGAUAUAUAUCUAUGGGAGGUUAUGAGUGGUAGGUUAUUAAAGAAGUGGCAUGCACAUUACAGGGCGGUUACAUGCUUGGUUUUCUCAGAGGAUGAGUCCCUUCUGAUUUCUGGGUCUGAGGAUGGAUGUGUUAGAGUUUGGUCUCUUUUAAUGAUAUUUGAUGAUUAUGAAAGUCAACAGGCAAGCCAUCUCUAUCUGCAUAGUUUUAGCGAGCACACUUUGCGUGUUACUGAUGUUGUUUCUGGUUCUGGGGGAUGCAAUGCAAUUAUAGUGUCAGCUUCUGAGGACCGAACGUGCAAGGUCUGGAGCUUAUCUACAGGAAGAUUAUUGAGAAGUAUUGUAUUCCCCUCGAUAAUUGAUGCAAUUAGAUUGGACCCUGCUGAACAUGUCUUUUAUGCUGGCAGUAGAGAUGGCAGUAUUUAUAUUGCUGCACUUAAUGCUGAAAGUUCCUCUAGCAGCAGUUAUGGGAUGCAUAUCAUUAGUUCAUUGUCUGACCGCAGUAAGGCUGUGACUUGUUUGGCAUACAGUACAGAAGGAAAUUUGUUGCUUUCUGGUUCAGAGGACGGCAUGGUUCGAGUUUGGGAUCCAAGGACCCGUAACAUUGUUCGCAUGUUCAAACAUGCAAAAGGUCCCGUGAACAAUAUUCUUGUUGUUAGACGACCUCUCUAUCUUAGUUUGGGAACAUUCUCAAGCGCAAAUGCUUCGUUAAGAAAGCAUGGGUCACUAUUACCGCCUCCGUUGGAUAAAUAUAUCAAUCUGACUGAUGAAGGCUUGAACAAUAAGACUGUCAUCUGUCUCCCCACUGCUUGCGAUAUUCCUCGAGAUGCUUUGUACCACAGUUCUCAAAUAAUUGAUAAGCAUAUUGAGGAAUUCCAGAGACAAGGUUCUUCUGCUGCAGCAGAAAUGGAGGUGGAGAGGCUAAAGCAUGAAUGUGGAAGGUCCAUGCAAAUGGUCCAGCAGUGGAAGAAAAUGUAUGACAACUUGCAUGAAUUCUGCAUUAAUGAACUUUUGGAUGUAGAUCAAGUGGGAGGCACCAAAUGAAAUAUAGCCAUAUGCACAGUUCUCUUUGCACAACAGCUUAUAUAGUAUGAUGAACUUUCACACACUUGAACCUUUGCCAGCCAUUUCCCCCUUGCAAUUCCCAUUAUAAUCAUGUCUUGUCAUAGAAUUGCUCAAGCUAUUGGCCAAACAGAACAGAUUUUAUCUGGUUAUAGGUUUUAAAGUGAUGACCAACCAUAGUCCCUUCAGAACGAAGAACUAAAAUGAUUAAUGUACUUUGUUUUAGGAGCUAGGAUUAAGAUAUGGUAUCUGACCUUUCUAAUUUGUUGCAUGGAAUUGUUCAAUUGAUAUGAAAAAUUUUUAAAAUGGCACAAAUGUUAUUUAAA